GUUUCUGCCUCUACUAGUGUCGGGGAAGGUGAAUGCAGUGAUGAACUGAAUACUAUGACAACAGAAACAAUUCCUCGUAAACCUGCCAGCAUUGAUGUACAAAGCACGACUGAAAACAGCAUCAGAUUUACAUGGACAGAUCCUACCAUAUUCAGUGGUUAUAUUUUACAGUAUAGAAUAACAUAUCGAUCAUCUGAGUCUGUUUAUUCAACUACCGUGUUAGAAUCUAAUGAUAUACUCAUUGAGGGCAGUAUUGAUACACACACUCUUGAGGAGUUGCCUCCGGGUAUUGAUGUUUCUGAUAUUCUGGAGGAGUCUCACAAAACAACUGAACCAAUAUUAUUAGAAACAAAAGCUAUCAUUGGUUUGAGGAAACCCAAGUUAAACACAGACAUUAUGACGGAUACACAACUUAUGAGUUACAUUGUUGUUGCUGAAGAAACGAGGCAGAAACUAAAACGUGAUUUAGAAUAUAACCAGUAUAUUACAGCAUCAUUUCCAUUGAAUGCAAUCCCUGAUCUACUUAUAGUAGGUGAUGGUAUGGAAUAUAAUGAUUAUAUCAAUAAACCAUUAACACCUGGACAACAAUAUGUCGUAUAUGAUGGGUUUACAGUGAAUACUACAGGGGAAGAAGUGCUGAUGUUACAUGACAGACAGCUGACUUCGUUUACAGCUGGCGAUAACUCAAAUAGAUUUUCAGAAGGAGAGAAUAAAAUACCCAUGUUUAUAGGAGGUUUCGCUGGUGGUGUAGUUGUUACAAUUGUCAUUGGCGUAUUGUUAUUAUAUCUAAUAUGUCGUUUGAAAUCCCGUAAUAAACACAAAGAAAGGAUCGAGACACACGAUAUUGCCCAUGCUGGGAACGAGUCGGGAGAAAUGAGAGAUUACGAGGACAUCCACAAAAAAGAGAAUAACCACUAUCAAGACAUAAGAGACGUCCAAGAAAACAAUUACGAGCAGUUAAAAUUGAACGAGUAUUGUAAUGUCGCCAAGUCUUCAAUGCAAACAUGAACACCCAACACUAAGCCGAUUGAAACCAGAGAUUCAACUAGAGAACUACAGGGGCG